UGCUGCGAUGAUCUGGGAUUACGUGUUGUUGCUGUCAUGGGUUUGCACGGUGUACGGCAAGGAAGGCUACUUUUGGCACAUAAGCGACGUACACUAUGACCCGAACUACUCGAUCCAGGGCAGCCCCGAUGGCAAAUGUUGGGGCACGAAGGGCAGCUCAGAUGUCGGACGCGUGAGGUUGAACGACCGAAUGCCACCGGCUGGCGUUUACGGGCACUACGGCUGCGACUCGCCCUGGAGUCUCGUGCAGUCGGCGGCGAAGGCCAUGGAAGCCAAAAGGGCGGACGGUAUCGAGUUUGUUCUCUGGACUGGAGACGCGCUGUCCCGUCGCGAGAGCGCGUCGACAACUCGUAGGCUCCACCACCUGAAAAACAUAACCGAACUGCUGUCGCGCACCUUCACCGGCCAGUUCGUCUUCCCGGUGCUGGGCCACGAGGACAUCGGCCUCAACUUGUCCCAGGUCGCCCACCUCUGGCGAAACUGGCUACCGGACGAGGCCCUAACGACCCUCAGGGAAAACGGCUACUACACGAUAGAGCAGCGCUCGAAGAGGUACCAGAUCAUAGCACUGAACACGAAUGUGUGGCUGAGCGCCGAGUCGCUCCUCGAGAGCCGGGCACCCAGCCAGAGGGCCACGGGAAGCGGGGCGAGCCUCGGGGCAAGAGUGGCGGCGGUAACCACCGGCACGGACCCGGAGAACCAGUGGCAGUGGUUCCGCUCGGUGCUCGACAAGGCCCGCAAAAAGGGAAAAACCGUGUAUAUCGUGGGCCACACACCACCGGGAAUCGAUGAUCGUGAAGCUGGUACUGGCGUCCUCACCGAGGAGCACAAUAGACGCUACCUACAGAUUGUCCGUCAGUACGCGGACAUGAUACGUGGCCAAUUUUUCGGUCACUGGCACUCGGACACCUUUCGCAUCGUCUACAGCGAUGAUGGAGAGCCAGUGUCCUGGAUCAUGGUGUCGCCAAGUAUAACACCGUACAGGCAAGGUGGACCUAAUAACCCCGGCCUUAGACUUUACAAAUUCGAUAACAACACUGGACAGAUUUUGGAUUACGCCCAGUAUUACUUGAAUUUAGCGGAGGCGAACUCGAACAAACAGGCCAACUGGCGACUGGAGUACAACUUGCGGGAGUACUACAACCUCGGCGAGAUAACGGCGCUGAGCUUGCACGACCUCGCCGAUCGAUUCACGCAGCCGAGGGAAAACGCUUUCGUCAGGUACUACGGGGCGAAUCGGGUGUCGUUGGCGCGGGAAGUCGAGGAGAUCUGGGGCUGCGGAGGGGCGCUGAACGGCCUGUGCGCCCUACGCCACUACUGCGCUGUCACGCGGCUCGAGGCGCGCUCCUACGCCACCUGCGUUGCUUCUUACGCGGAGGCUCUUGCGUCCUCGAAAGCUUCGGCGACCCUUGGCUCUCGUCCGGUGCUGCUGGCUGUUUUUCUUCUGUCGCUGGUGGCGAUGAUGCCACGGUAGGAUACGUCACCCGGACUCGAGGAGGACGAUGGUAUGUUUUUCCCGUUUGGAGCCUCGGCUUUGAUGUAUACACAUCCCAUAAUAUAUCACCGAGCUUGAGAGAAAUGGUUUAAUUUUAUUUUUUUUUCCUUUUUUUUCCUUUUUUUUUGGGGUA